AUGACUGGGAGACAAAAUGGAGUGGCCAAGCAGCUUCAGGACAACUUCCCCUGGCUGGUGUCUGUUGCCUGUGCGGCACAUCGGCUUGCCCUGUCCUGUAAGGAUGCCUCCUCAAAUGUGCCUUACAUGGCAACCUUCAGGGACCACCUGCAGCAGCUCCACCUCUAUUUUCGCAACAGUGCGAACAGAACAUCUGUUCUGAAAGCAGCAGCACAGACCCUGGGCCUGGCAGACCUAAAAGUGAAGGAGGUGAAGGACACACGUUGGCUGUCACAGCACUCUGCCAUAAUGAGCCUGCAACGCAACCUUGGUGCAGUUCUGUCUGCCUUGGCGGAAGAGUCAGAAGUCAACCGUUGCCCACUAGCCAAGGGGCUAUACUCCUUCCUGGCAACAUAUAGAUUUGUGGCUGCAGUCUACCUGCAGGCAGAUGUACUCCCUCACCUGGCCUGCCUUUCCAAAUUGUUCCAGAAGGAAAAUGUAAAUUUUCUGGCUUUGAAACACCAGGUUCCUGUGACGAUUGCCAUUUUGAGAACCAUAAGGGAUGCGGGAGACCAUCAGCCUCCUGGAUCAUUUCUCUCACGGCUACACCAAGACCUUGAUAACCCUACAGGGUUAUCAAGUUUUGGUGUAGUCCAUGAGGAGGAGAGGAACCGGAGACACAGAGGCUCCUUAGAGGAGCACAGCCGAGAGCAACUCUGGGUCCGAUUUAAAAAUCAGGUGAUGGAACCUUAUCUCGAUGCGCUUGUUGAGAGUUUGGAGAGGCGUUUUGGGAGUCUAGACCUGCUAGGAGCAUUCCAUGUUCUUGGGCCUCAGGCUGCCAAGGAGGACGAGGCUGUCUGUGUGAGGAAUCUAAAACUCCUGUCAAAUAAAUUUCUGACAGGAGACCAGGUGAUCCAAGAGUGGACCUCUUUCAGGCAACAUAUCCUGAUAGGAGCAUUCCAGGGCAUGGACCAGCAGCAGAUAAUGACGCGACUGGCGUCACAGAUUGACGAGUGGGGUCAGCUUUAUCCUGGACUCAAUAAACUGGCUGCCAUUGGUCUCACAAUUCCAGUCUCAAGUGUCAACUGUGAGCGUGACUUUUCAACACUGAACAGGGUGAAGACUGACCUGAGAAACAGGCUACAGGGAGAGCAUCUGGCGACUUGUUUGAGAGUCAGCAUCAAUGGCCCCCCACCACCAAAUUCCCCUACAGAAGAGCCCUGGAGCUCUUCUUUAAAAAGCCCAGGAGAAUUAAAUGCUCCCAGGCUGGAUGUAGCCUUUGUGGAUGAGCAAAAACUUCACAGUUCUCCGUCUGUUGUCUUCUUUGUCCUCAUCCUCCUGUCGCUCUCUUGUCCUCUUCCCCUGACUCUCACUGUCUCACAAAGGAGCUGA